AAGGUGUCCUAGAGGCCAAAAAGCGGGAUGGCUGGCAGAGUGCUCAGGCUCUUCAGGGUGCUUCGGGGAAAGAAAAAGACAGGGCCUGCAGCCUCCCCAGCACAGCAGCCUGCAGAGCCGGAGAAGUUGCAGCCAGUGCAGGACGAUGCGGGCAAGGAUGGGACACUGGAGCCGGACCGCACUCACGGCUGCUUCCACAGACCAGCACAGUUACUGCGGAGGUUCCUGGGCCUUGGGCGCAGAAACACCAGCGCUGCAACAACCGAGGGCACGGCCGAGCUGCAGGCAGAGGCUGAUGUCACCUCAGCCUCCCAGGAGCGUGCAGCAGACUCUGUCAGGGCAGUGGCUGAGGGCAGGCCGGAGGCUGUCACGGCCCUGCAGGGUCUGCACUCGAACAAGCACGGUGCCAGAGCCCUGUCGGUUGUGUCCAGGCACCUGCCGAGCGAGUGCGGGGACAGGCUGCACCCAGAGCUCAGAGGCCUCGUGGAGCUCAGCAAGGAGCCCUCGCUGGUGCUUCUAGAGAGAGAGCAGGAGCAGACUGCUUCAACUGAGAUGCCAUGCCAGACUCAGGGAGAGCUGUUCCCAGCCCGAGAGCAGGAAGAGCAGCUCAGGCAGCAGGUGGAAGAGCCACAGGAGAAAGGCCAGAACAUCAAGGCAGAGCCACAAGCAGAGCUGCCUGAAGCUCAGAUUGACAUGGCAGUGAAGAGGGGGAAUGAAGACAUCCAAGAGGAGAAGAAUCUCCCUAUGCAGAGGGACAGUCAACAAAAACAGGUGAAUGAAAGAAUGGCAGCCACUCCACUCAUGAAAGAGAGUCCUUUCCGUUGUUGUUUACAGAACAUGGACAAACAGGUUCUGGCACAGCUGCUGGAAACUGAGGCUAGGAUCAAGGCAAGGAAGAAGAGGGCAGACUAAAAAUUUUAAAUCAUCAAAGAGAAAAUUAAUUGCCUCGUUCAGGAGCAAAAGGCUCUAGAAAAGCGAGUGGCCAUCAAGAAAAUAAAUCUUCAAGGACCGAGGAGGAUGGCGAGCGUUAAUGAAAUCCAAAUCAUGAAGAGGUACAGGAGUCCCAAUUUUGUGAAUUACUUAGACAGCUACCUUGUGGGUGAGGAACUCUGGCUGAUUAUGGAGUACAUGGAUGGAGGCACUCUGAGAGAUGUCAUCAAUGAGUGUGACAUCUUUGAAAGCCACAUUGCAGCCAUCAGCCGGGAGUGCCUGCAAGGACUGCAUUUUCUUCACUCUAACCAUGUGAUCCAUAGAGAUAUGAAGAGUGACAACAUCCUUCUCAGAACCGACGGUUCUGUCAAGCUGGGUGAUUUUGGCCUCUCUACUCAGCUCAGCCCUGAGCAGAGCAGACGGUGCUCGGUAGUCGGGACUCCUUGGUGGCUGGCGCCUGAAGUCAUCACAGGUCAACCAUAUGGUCCCAAAGUGGACAUAUGGUCAUUCGGAAUUGUGGCGAUUGAAAUGAGAGAACAAGAACCUCCCUACUGGAACCAAAGUCCCAUCACGGCUACACAACUGAUAGCCACAGUAGGGACCCCACGGCUGCGGCAGCCCAAGCGAUUCUCGCCUUGCCUGCGUGACUUCCUGAGCUGCUGCCUGCAGACAGACGAGGAGCAGCGCUGGUCUGCCAGGGAGCUCCUGCAGCAUCCAUUUAUAGAAUUUGCUGAGCCUGCGUCCAGCCUGGUGCCGCUGAUUGUUUCAGUGAAGAAGAGGAGGGAGACGAGAAUGUGACAAUUACAUCAGGACCAUUUACUCGUCAACCAGUUUAG